AUGGACAUCACAAUCAAUUCCUUGACGUACAAAGGUUCGAUUCCAGAUGCAAUUAAUCAAUCAAGAAGGGAGAAAAAACUCUUUGUAAUUUACAUAUCAGGUCAAGAUGAAACCUCAAGUAGUUUGGAACAGUCUACAUUGGUUGAUGAACAUGUGGCUGCAGUGAUAAGCAGAUGUUGCAUAUUCUUGCAACUAAAACAAGGCAAUGUUGACGCGCUUCAAUUUUCAGCUAUCUUUUCAUCCUUGACUUUUUCUCAAUCAGAUCCACAGAAGUCUGUCCCAAGUAUAUCUGUCGUUGGACUGAAUGGUGCUAUGCUAUGGAAUCAUGAGGGGUAUAUUAGCCCAGAAGAGCUUAAGGAAAGCAUUGAUAAAGCUUGGGCUGCACUUCAACUGCAGGAGACAGCGGCAACCCUGUUAGCUGCAUCACUUGCUUCAAGAAUGUCUGAACCUGCGAAUACUGCUUCGACAACUAUGCCUGGUGAAGAUGGUUCAUCUACUUCAGAAAAUCAUUCCAAUUCAUCAGGUCAAUCCUCAGAGUCUUCUGCAGUCCGUGGGUUUGCUAAUUCUACUGCUUUGGUAGCACAACCACCUAGUAGCACAAGCCAUGCUGAACUUCUCAAGACAAGUAAAAUCCCAAAAUCAGAUUCAGCUCCAUGCAACAUAACCGCUGAGGAAAAGCUAGAUUCAGCAUGUCAGGCUCUGUUGCCAGAUUUUCCAGCAAGCUCAAAUGUGGACAGUUCCACAGAUCCAAAUCAGACAGGCAGUACACCUUCGCCAAAAAGGAAGAAUAUGGUGGAUGGGAAUAGCACUAAAGUUCCCUCCAAGCCAGCUUCUAGCAUACCAACUAGGAGUACUCCACAGUUGCCUGUGGAACAAGAUAAGGCAACUACUAGCAGAGCUAUUGAAGUGACCACAGAUUCUGCAAAGACAGAUGAUAUUCAGCUGGCCAUUCGUAUGCCUGAUGGACCUAGUCUGCAGAUUAAACUGACAAAAGAAGAUGUUUUAAGGAAGGUGAAGACUUUUGUGGAUGAAAACCAAGAUAGUGGGAUUGGAUCAUAUAAUCUUGCAAUGCUUUAUCCUAGAAAAGUGUUCACGGAACAAGAUCUGGAAACCACAUUGUAUGAGCUGGGUAUUGAAACCCGCCAGGCCCUUGUUGUCGUUCCGAAUCGUCAAUCUGUUAAAGUGGUAAGGCACCAAUCGUCAUUGCCAUCCAGUGAUCUGGAUCGCACUGGGGCUACAGACAGGUCGGGUGGUUGGGGUUUUCUGGGGGCAGCGUUAUCAUACGUGAAUCCAUUGUCCUACUUGAGAGGAAAUCCCACCCCAUCAAAUCCUGAUCGACUGGGAAAUGAAGGCUCGCAGCAGUACAGACCGAACUCUGAAUCCCAACCUCUUCGUAGUGAUGGAAGUCAACAAACAGCUACUCAUAGCUCUGGAAAUACCUUGAGAAGGCGGCCCCGACAGUUCGGUGGCAACAUUCACACUCUAAGCAGUGAAGAACAAGAUCCAUCUGAUAAUAGAAAUGUCUUCUGGAAUGGGAAUUCUACAGAGUUUGGAGGUGAUGAAAAGAAAUAG